AUGGCGGGCGAGGUGCGGAGCGCGCCGCCAGCAAAGCCCAAGUCCCGGCGUCUCAACGACCAAGAGCGUCUCGAGAUCCUCUUGGCGCUGCCAGGCCCCAAGUACACGGGCAUACACAGCACCGCACGCCAGUACGGCGUCAAGGUGCCCGCGCUGCGUCAGCUGCUUGCGCAGCGGGACGAGGUGCUGCCACGCCUCUUGGCGACGCCCGAGAAGGUGCGCCGCACAACGUUCCGGCGAAAGGCGCCGCCAGCGCCACCAAAGCCGCUGCAGGAGCGGCUCGAGAUUCUCCUGGCCCUGGACACGCCCAAGCCGCCAUCGACGCGUGCCUUGGCGCGUCAGUACAACGUCAACGAAAUAGCGGUACGACAGCUCGUGCGGAAGCGCGACCAGUACUUGCCAAUGCUAUUGGCCACGCCCGAGGACGUCCGGCGAACGCGGCGGGUCGUGUACAACCGCUUCGCCAACAAUCCCUUCGAGAGACCGCCGCGGGCCCAUGUGAGCGGCGAGGACGCAGGCAGACGCAGUCAUCGCGAAGACAUGUUGCGGCUCACGGACCAAGAUCGACUCGACAUUCUCUUGGCGUUUGGCGGGCCGACGCCGCCGAGUAUCCCGGUGGCUGCCAGGCACUUUGGCAUCAAGCCGGCCACGAUCAAGCGGUUACUCAAGGACCGUAACAAGGCGCGGCCCAUCUUGCUAGCGACAGACGAAGACCCCGUCGCAUCGCGCGGGCUCAGUGAGCAGGACCUGCAGUAUACGCUCGACAACUUGCGCGCCGAGGCCAUUUACAUUGCAACGUCCUUGGGCAUUACAAACUUCAAGGCGUCCGAGGCGUGGCUCAAGGCCUUUCGGCAGCGACAGGGCCUCCCCAUUCUCACACGCCCACAACCCGCGCCGAGCCGACCCAUCGUGUUUGAAAUCUAG